AUGGACAGAGCCUCUUGGGGCCCCGUGAAGGUGGAAAAGGAGGAGGCGGAGGCGGAGCAGGAGCAGGAGCAGGAGCGUGUCAUAAGUCAGGCAUCCGGGGAAGGUGCUUACUUAAGCACUGAUGCAUCAGAGGAGAAGGGGAAGGGUCAGAAAAUGUUUUGGGAUAUGGCAGUGGUCCUAAAAGCAACACAGGAGGUGUCGGCGGCUGCACCCCUCGGGAGCUCCUCGUUAACAGAGACCCUGGCCAAGAGUGAAGUCCUGGAGCCUCAUGGGAACCCAACCCUGCUAGAAGAGCAGAGACCUAAAAGGUCUCGAGGGACAAAGUGCCUUAGCUCCGGCCUUGUGAAAAACCAGAAAAUACAGCCUGUGCGGAAGCCUUUCACGUGCAGUGAGUGUGGCAAAAGCUUCAGUCAGAGCACAAACCUUGUUGUACAUCAACGGAUCCACACUGGGGAGAAACCCUUUGAGUGUCAUGAGUGUGGCAAGGCCUUCAUUCAGAGCUCAAACCUAGUUGUGCACCAACGGAUCCACACUGGACAGAAACCCUAUGUUUGUGCAAAAUGCGGGAAGGCCUUCACCCAGAAAGCCACUCUGACUGUGCAUCAGAAAAUCCACUCCUUAGAGAAAACUUUCAAGUGUGGUGAAUGUGAGAAAGCCUUCAGUUACAGCUCCCAGCUUGCCCGGCACCAGAAGGUCCAUAUUACUGAGAAAUGCUAUGAAUGCAAUGAAUGCGGAAAAGCAUUUACUCGAAGCUCGAGCCUCAUUGCCCACCAGCGGAUCCACACUGGGGAAAAGCCUUUUGCCUGCAGUGACUGUGGGCAAAGCCUUUACCCACAGUGGAAAUCUUAUUGUGCAUCAGCGAAGCCAUACUGGUGAGAAGCCAUAUGAGUGCAAAGAUUGUGGGAAAGCCUUUAGUUGUUUUUCUCAGCUUAUCUUGCACCAGAGAAUUCACACUUCAG